UAAUAUUCAUGAGACUGCACAUCUUUUUGGUUUGUAACUGCGUAUCUCUCAUCUGAAAGCGCAGAUCUUUCCUAAACGUCGAUCAGAGAGUGUAAUAACUCAACUGCCUCAUCAUGGACUUCGAUCUGAAAGCAGCUGUUGGAGAUGACGAGGUGAAAAAGUCAGAGGGAAAACAAGUGGAGGGAAUCUUUGGGUUAGGAAAGAAGGAUAAAGACAAAAGCAAAGACAAGAGUGAUUCCAAGGGUAAGGACAAGCAUAAAGGAGAUCAUAAAGACAAAGGAGAACAUAAAGACAAACACAAGGACAAAGGAGAACAUAAAGACAAACACAAGGACAAAGGAGAACAUAAAGACAAAGACAAGAAGAAGAAGAAGGACAAGGACCACAAGAAGAAGGACGGCCACAAGUCCUCCUCCAGUGAUUCGGACUAAAGCAAGACUGAAGAUUCAUCAGAUACCUCCAGAAACAUAAUAUAAAAUUCUUUAUAAUAGGAUUUUUCUAUAAAUGAAGAGCUGUAACUCCACUUUUCCACAAGGUGGCGCUACUUACAUAUUCAAUGUUGCCUGUAAUGAAACACUGGGAUAAAACAGAGUUUUGUAUUAUUUUGUGUACAAUUGUUUGCUGGUUUAAUAAAUUCUAGUGUCUGAAAUUGUU